GACGGAUGAGCGGAGAGGGCUGUUUGCGACAGGCGCAGUGGCCGUUUGGUUUCCGGCAGUGAGGCGUCGCCAUGGCAGGAGGCAGGAUCUUCAUCCAGAGCGACUGGGCUCGAGCCUUGCGGGAGAAUGAGAGGGAAGCGUGGGUUUCCUGUAAAAUACCCGGAACAGCUACUUUAUAUGGCUGUAUAAAGUGUCAAGGGGUUGGUAAAGAUGGUGUCCCAGUGGUCACAGCUUCAGAAGGAUUUGAAGUGACUGAGAUUACAAAGAAAAGUAUUUUAAUUUCCUGCCCUGAUGGAAAUGCAGCCUCAAAAUUUCUCAUGCCUUACACAACCUUUUCUAGAAUACACAAUAAAAGUAUAACCGGCAUGGAUAUUUCUAGUGGUGGAGGGCUGGGAGUAUCUUGCAGCACAGAUGGAACAAUGCGAAUCUGGCAGGCCAACAAUGGAGAAUUGAGGAGAGAUCUGGUUGGCCACGUAUACGACGUGAAUUGUUGUAGAUUCUUCCCUUCUGGUAUUGUGGUCCUCAGUGGUGGAAUGGAUGCUCAGUUAAAGAUAUGGUCCGUUGAAGAUGGAAAUUGUUCUGUAACUUUAAAUGGACACAAAGGAGGUAUUCUUGAUACAGCAAUUAUAGAACGUGGACGAAAUGUUAUCUCAAGCUCCAGGGAUGGAACGGCAAGAUUGUGGGAUUGUGGCAUGUCCACUUGCCUUGCAGUUCUAGCAGACUGUGGGACUCCCAUUAAUGGCUGUUCACUUGGUGUUGCUGAAAACACAGUGAAUUUGGGUUCUCCUGAGCAACCACCAAGUGAACGUGAAAUAGGGACUGAGGGAAAAUUGUUACUUUUAGCCCGUGAAGACAGAAAACUGCAAAGCAUUGGAUUGCUCAGUAGGCAACCAAUAUUUACAUUUGAGGGAUCUGAUGCUUUCAACUGUUGUACGUUUCUUUCAAGUACAUAUAUCCUUGCAGGAACACAGGAUGGUAACAUUUAUCAGCUGGAUGUUCGAAACACAAAAGCUCCACUACAGCUUAUCCAUCGAUCAGGUGCACCAGUGCUUUCUUUGUUGCCUUGUAGAGAAGGCUUUAUGGCUAGCCAUGGUGAUGGAAGUUGUUAUAUUAUUCAACAGGAUCAGGAUUAUGUCAUUGAAUUUACAGGGCCUGACUGUGACCCCAUUUACAAGGUAGUUUUGUGGGAGAAGUUUGCCUACACAUGCUCCAGAGAUAGCAUUGUGAGGAAGUACCAGCUGCUGAAUUUCUGAACACAAUUGCAUUGUUCAUGAGGAGAGCAUUUCAGAUAAGAACUGCAGCCUCACAUUCAAUUGCCAUUAUUAUAACUACAAAACAACACCAUUCAGAAGCUUGGGACGACAGGCCAUUUUGUAGUUUCUGGGCGUUAUUUUGCCACUUGUAUUAGAAUUGUCAACAUGUACAAGAGGAUGAAUUCCACAAAAAAAGUAAAUGAAGUAGUGUUUUUGUAAUAAUUACAUUGUAUUGGUUGUUAUGAAUGUUUUUUAUAGUUAAAAAUCACAAACUCAGCAGGUCAGGCACCAUCUGUGGAGAGAGAAACAGUUAAUGUUUAAAUGUUAGAUCAGUUUCUCCCUCCCCAGAUGCAAUCUGACCUGAGUAUUUCCAGCAUGUUCUGCUUUUAUUUCAGAUUCCCAGCAUCUGCAAUAUUCUGCUUUUUGAUGGAAUGUGUUUCUCUAUUCUUUUAAAUUCUGUGUGAAAACAAUAAAGUUUAGUCCAAUGAAUUGAACGGUCAAUACUGAGAAAAUAAAUGCUGUUCUACAGUUCUGUUUUGGCUUUUUUAAAACAAAGUAUAGAUACUUAUCGCCAUAUUGCAAAUUUAAGUCAACUAGGAAUCAAUGUUGCUUUAAUACACUUGUCAAUCUUUUUAUUUUUCCACUUGUAAUAAUGUCUUGUGUAUCUUUCAUCAUUUGCUGAUAACCAAGAAAUUCCCAAAUCACCUUGUCCUAGCUGGGGAUUGGAUAUGAAAUAUGGUUUUUUUGAUGGGCAGCUGUGAAGCCUUGUCUUGGACAUGCAAUGCAAGCAACAGAAGCUUGUGUUACACCAAAGAGUAUAUAGAUUUGUAUAUAGACCAAAUAUCUUGUAACAUGGGCUGCACACUUUGUACCAAAUAACUACCUACCACAAGUAAUAAUUAUAUUGAACCUUUGAAAAUCACCUUUCUGCUAAGUGUGACUCUAAAUAAAUUUGUUUGUGUAUA